AUCUGCUCCAAAGAUCUCCCCUUGUAUCUUCGACAUAUCUCAACGCUGGUUCGCUCGAUCGGGUUGGUCUAGAGGUACUUGAGGACAUUGAGCGUUGGUUGCACUCGCUUGGAUCACUCUGGAAUUGGAUCAAAACGGGUGGAAAAACCAUCGGACAAGUGAACAAGGGCUCGUCGGACUCAGGCGACGGUCCACAUCAGUCAGCUUUUUUGAUUCUUUCUGUUAGAUCGUGAAUUGGGAAUCGAGUUCGAGAACCGAUAUCGCCAUGGCCUCUCAAGCCAUUUUCUCUUCCCUCUGGAGCUCUGAAGCCUCAUCUUCCAAUAUAUCUGGCAUGUGGUCGACGUCCUCGACGACGACGUCGUGCGGUUGGCCGCUUGAGAUCAUAUCCGAUCACCGAGAUCUCGAUUUGACGACGUGUUUCGAACAUGCCGUAUUGAUGCCUGUUCCGUUGGCCAUUACCAUCCUGGGAGCCAUCGCUCAAAUCAUCUCGAAGCGGCGUAGGCUCAAGCGACCUAAUGCGAAAGACGGAUUACGAUGGAUCGACAGGAAUGAAAGUAGUCGGAAGGUCUGCACGGCAAAAGUGUGGCUACUUGGUAUCUCUGCGCUAUUGGCUACAGCUGCCCUGGGGCUCUCCUUACCCUCACUCACCACCAAUCCUCUGAGCUCUGUCCAUUAUUUGCUCUACCUCAUCACGCUUCUCUUCUUGAUUCAUCUCACACCCCUGAACUUUUAUACAGCUCGUCAAUCGUCUACACUGGUUCUCCUCUUUUGGCCAGUCUACCUCCUCGUCUCCAUCGUCAGACUACGAACAAUGAUCAUCACUGGGUACCUCUCUCUUGAGCUCACCAAAACCACCGAUGGCAGGUUGAUCCUCGCUAGAGAAUCACUCUGGAUCGCCAGUAUCAUUAUCGGAAUGUUCGACUUUGUCCUCGAACUAAGUGGUCCAGAGACCAAAUGGAACAAAUCAAAAUGGUCACGUCCCUUCUCAAAGUCAAAGGGCAAGAUUCAUCUUGACGAUUCAGACGAAGAGGCCGAUACGGUUGGUCAAUUGAACGGUGGGAGAUCCUCAAAUGGAAGAGACGAGUAUGGCGAUAUCGAAAGUCCAGUCCUCACUGCCAACUUUUACGAGAAACUCACCUUUUCAUGGCUCACGCCCAUGCUCUCCUUGGGUACCAAAAAGUUCUUGGGAGAAGAAGACAUGUGGUCCUUGCCUCCAUCUGAUUCCGCCGAAGCUCUUUCGGAACGUUUGUCAACAGCUUGGGAGAAACAACUGGAAUACGUCAAAAAGGGAUCCAAAUCUAAACCUUCGCUCAAAAUUGCCAUCCUCAGAGCAUACGGUGGACCUUAUAUCACUGCUGGAAUACUCAAGCUCGCGUAUGACAGCUUGAGCUUUGUCCAACCUCAGCUUCUGAGAUUGUUGUUGCGAUUCGUCACGAGCUACGGGACAGAUUCGCCAAUGCCUCCCAUCGCCGGAUAUGCAGUCACUAUCCUCAUGUUUGUGACUUCCAACAUCGCCACGGCAACUUUGCACCAAUACUUUGACAGGUGCUUUGCGACGACCAUGCGUGUCAAGGGCGGUCUCGUGACCUUGAUCUACAAAAAGUCGCUCCGCUUGAGUAACGGAGAAAAAGCCGGCAGGACUACCGGAGACAUCGUCAAUCUCCAAAGUGUGGACGCCGUCAGGAUCGCAGAUCUCGCUCAGUAUGGUCAGAUUGGAUGGUCAGGACCUUUCCAGAUUGUUCUCGCUUUCAUCUCUCUGUACAACCUUGUCGGAUGGCAAGCAUUCAUGGGUGUGGCCAUCAUGGUCGUCUCGCUUCCCAUCAACACCUUCCUAGCCAAGGUCAACAAGAAGAACCAGAACAAAAUGAUGAAAAUCAAGGAUACUCGAACGCGUCUCAUGACGGAGAUCCUCAACAACAUCAAGUCGAUCAAAUUGUACGGGUGGGAAAAGUCGUUUGCGGAGAAAGUCCUCGACUCUCGAAACAAUAAAGAAUUGGUCCUCUUGCGACGUAUCGGUCUCAUUGGCGCUGCCUCCAACUUUUUCUGGUCGUCGACACCUUUCCUUGUCGCUUUUGCUACCUUUGCGACCUUUGUGGCCACGAGUGACAGACCACUGACCAGUGAAAUUAUCUUCCCGGCCAUCUCCUUGUUCCAGCUUCUCAGUUUCCCUAUGGCUGUCUUCUCCAACAUCAUCAACAGUAUCAUCGAAGCCAUCGUCUCCGUCAAGCGAAUCGAAGAUUUCUUGGGGGGAGACGAGCUUGACCCCAAGGCUCGGCAAGUCAUCAUCAAUCCGCCUGGUCAAGGUCCAAAAAUUGGCGAACCUCUCGUCACAAUCCGUGAUGGAGAAUUCAAGUGGAUCAACGAUUCUCCUCAGCCCAUUCUACAGGACAUCGAUCUCAAAGUCAACAAGGGUGAAUUAUUGGCCGUCAUUGGUCGAGUUGGAGACGGCAAAUCGUCUCUACUCGGAGCCAUGUUGGGCGAAAUGACUCGAGUCGAUGGUUCCGUCAAGAUCCAAGGUGACAUUGCCUACUUUUCUCAAAACUCUUGGAUUCUCUCUGCCACUGUCAAGGACAACAUCGUAUUCGGUCACCGAUUCGACCCAGAAUUCUAUGACCAAGUCAUCGAAGCAUGUGCUCUCAAACCUGACUUUGAAGUCCUCCCCCAGGGAGACAUGACGGAAGUCGGUGAAAAGGGAGUUUCGCUAUCCGGUGGUCAGAAGGCUCGAAUCGCGUUGGCUCGAGCAUGUUACGCUCGUGCCGAUAUUUACCUCCUCGAUGAUCCUCUGAGUGCCGUCGAUGCGCAUGUCGGACGUCACAUCUUUGACCAGGUCAUUGGACCCAACGGUAUGCUCAGGUCCAAGGCCCGAGUGCUCUGCACCAACUCGGUCAGCUUCCUUCCUCAGGCAGAUCAAGUCAUCAUGCUUCGAAGAGGUAUCAUUCUGGAACGAGGAACAUAUCAAGACGCCAUGGCGAACAAUCAGUCCGAAUUGUACAAGCUCAUCACGGGUCUCGGAAAGCAGACUGAAAAGGGAGAGUCCAGUGGAUCUGCCACGCCAACUGUCGUCGGAAACGGAUCAGACGAUGAAGUGGAAGAUGACGAAGGGGAUGAGUCUGACGAGAACGAAAAGAUGCCCGAUAGUCCUCAAAAGGAACGAAUGGUCAGACGAGGAACAGUAUCAAAGAUGCGCCGAGCUUCCUCCAUUUCCAUCAAGCAGGCCAAACGGGACGCACUUCGAGAUUUGAGAGAAAGCAGCAAACCGAAAGAACACUCUGAAAAGGGUGUCGUCAAACGCAAAGUUUACGCGGAAUACAUUUCAGCGGCUUCAAAGGUUGGCGUCUCGUUCUUCCUCCUGUUCAUGAUUGCCGGUCAGACUGCAUCCAUCCUGUCGAAUUACGUUCUCCGAUUCUGGGCCCAAAAGAAUACAAGCGCGGGCGACAACACGCAAGUCACAAAGUACCUUCUAGCGUAUGGUCUCAUGGGCAUCUCAUCUUCCCUCUUGUCCGUCCUCAGUACGAUUGUGCUCAAGCUAUAUUGCGCCCUUCGAUCUAGUCGUAAACUACACGAUGCCGGGUUCCGAGCGUUGAUGAGAAGCCCGCUGGCUUUCUUUGAAAUCACACCGACUGGUCGAAUUCUCAACUUGUUCUCGAGAGACAUUUACGUCAUUGACGAGGUGUUGGUCAAUGCUUUAAGCGGGUUCAUGCGAACGUGUAUCAAUGUCCUCGGUGUCAUUGUGGUUAUUGCCUCCGGUGCACCGUUCGUCCUCAUCGUCCUCCUUCCGCUUGGAUACAUUUACCGAGUCGUCAUGAAGUACUAUCUAGCCACUUCGCGAGAAUUGAAACGACUCGAUGCGAUCUCCCGAUCACCCAUCUUUUCAUUCUUUGGUGAGACGCUCUCUGGUCUCACUGUUAUCCGUGGAUUCUCGCAGACUAGACGAUUUAUUGCCAACAAUGAGGCCCGGAUCGAUAGGAACCAAGCGUGUUACAUGCCCGCCAUGACUGUUAAUCGAUGGCUUGCCGUCAGACUCGAGUUCCUCGGAUCGUGUCUCAUGUUCUCCACUGCGCUCGUGGCUGUGUCCGCGUUGUUGAUCAGCAACAGUGUGGAUGCGGGACUCGUCGGACUGUUGAUGACGUACACCAUGUCCAUCACACAAGCCUUGAACUGGCUAGUGAGAACUGCUUCAGAGGUCGAGCAGAAUAUUGUCUCUGUUGAACGAGUGUUGGGAUACGCCUCACUGCCAUCGGAGGCUGCGGACGACGUCCCUGAUCACAGACCGCCCAAGACUUGGCCUCAGAAGGGUGGUAUCGAGUUCAAUGACUAUUCCCUCAAAUAUCGUCCCGAGCUCGAACCCGCCCUCCGCCAAGUGUCAUUCAGCAUCAAGGGCGGUGAACGGAUCGGCGUCGUGGGACGAACAGGAGCCGGUAAAUCCUCACUUACGCUUGCGCUUUUCAGAAUUUUGGAGGCGGCCGGUGGGAAAAUUAGCAUCGACGGAGUGGACAUUUCGAAAAUUGGACUACACGAUCUCCGAAGUGUCGUCAGUAUCAUCCCGCAAGAUCCUCAAUUGUUCGAGGGCACUCUAAGGCACAACAUUGAUCCUACGAAUUCGCACAAAGACGCCAAUAUCUGGCAGGCUCUGGAGCAGGCUUAUCUGAAAGAUCACAUUAUGGACAACAUGGGAGGAACGCUGGACGCUGAGAUCUCGGAAGGCGGUCAGAACUUGAGUUCUGGUCAGAGGCAAUUGGUCUGCUUUGCUCGAGCUCUACUGCGCAAGACCAAGAUCUUGGUCCUGGAUGAAGCUACCAGCUCGAUCGAUCUUGAGACUGAUGAAGCUGUCCAGCAAAUUAUCCGUGGAUCCGAUUUCGAAGGCGUCACGACGUUGACUAUUGCCCACCGAAUCAACACCAUCAUGGAUAGUGAUCGAGUUCUCGUCAUGUCCAAUGGCAAAGUGGCAGAAUAUGAUUCUCCCGAUGUGCUCUUACAGAAUCCUGAUUCCAUAUUCCAGAGUAUGGUCCAGGAAGCUGGGUUGGGACAAAGUAGCAGUAGUGCCAGUCGUAAGAACAGUGUCUAGACAUCAGUAUGUAGUAUCUCAUUCCUUGUCACUUGAGCAAUGGCUCUGAAAAAUGAUCCGAUUUAACCGGUAUAGCCCAUGUGGUCAACGCCACACAAAAAAACUCUAAAUUACAAAUUAAGCUGUAGUUCGCUCGCUCGUAUACCAGGGAUGGUGGUGAUGGAGGUGGUGAGAGGUGGUCGAUGAUGGCGGUGGUGCUGCUGGAUGGUGCUGCUGCCUGAAUAGGAAAAAUCUUUUUAUAAUAUUAUUACUAUAUUCCAACGUAGGUGGAGUGAGAGCGAGCGAGGCGUCACAGAGGCAGAACAGGCG